UCGAAGCACUUACAACGCUUUGACUUCCAGGCGACCGGACCACAGCCAUAUGGACUUCAGAGAUCUUUGCUCGUUUUAUUUGCGGCUUCACUGUGAAACUGCGCCCUCGCAGCAAAAGGAGUGAAUCGAGCCCAGAUGGAAUUUUAAAUGGAAGUGGCAACGUGGUAAGGAUUCGCCGACAUGGUUUACGGACAGAUCUUUGGAAGGACUGUAGCAGAUCAAGAUCUUAUUAACAUAAACGUGGGAGGAUUCAAGCAAAGAGUAGACCAAAGUACCCUCCUAAAGUUUCCUCAAACCAGACUUGGAAAAUUAUUGAACUGCGACACGGAAGAGGCUAUUUUAGAGCUUUGUGAUGACUACAGUGUGGUGGACAAAGAAUAUUACUUCGAUCGGAAUCCCUGUUUAUUCCGAUACGUUUUGAACUUUUAUUAUACAGGAAAACUUCACGUCAUGGAAGAGCUGUGCGCAUUUUCCUUCAGCCAAGAGAUUGAAUACUGGGGGAUUAAUGAACUAUUCAUUGACUCCUGUUGCAACAACAGGUAUCAAGAGAGGAAAGAGGAUGUGGUGGACAAAGACUGGGAACAAAGGAGUGAAGAGGCAAGCAUUGAUUCUUCUUUUGAGGAAUUGACUUCCAUGGUCAAAAAUUUGGAUACAUUUGACGACACUCGGUGUGGAAACAUAAGAAGGGCCAUGUGGGUCAGGUUAGAAAAUCCCGGUCACUCUCUCUCAGCAAAAAUUAUAGCAGUUGCUUCCCUAUCUGUUGUACUCACAUCCAUUGCAGCCAUGUGUGUUCACAGCAUGCAUGAGUUCCAACGGUUCGAUGAAAAUGAUAAGGAGAUAGUAGACCCUGUGCUGGCAGGUCUGGAGAUUUUGUGCAUUACCUGGUUCACCACAGAGUUUAUUGUGAGGCUCCUAGUUGCACCAUCCCUUGACAAAUUCUUCAAAAAUGCAUUAAAUAUUAUUGAUUUUGUCUCGAUUCUACCCUUCUACAUCACUCUGGCAGUAGAGACAAUGGACGAGGGCAACGAGGAUCUGGAGAACAUGGGUAAAGUGAUCCAGAUCCUGCGUCUGAUGAGGAUAUUCCGUAUCCUCAAACUUGCCAGGCAUUCAGUGGGGCUGCGCUCCCUGGGAGCCACGCUCAGGCACAGUUACCACGAAGUUGGACUUUUGCUCUUGUUCCUUUCAGUUGGAAUUUCAAUAUUUUCCGUCCUUGCCUAUUCUGUUGAAAAAGAUGAAGAGGAAUCGGGUCUCCAUAGCAUUCCUAUGUGCUGGUGGUGGGCAACCAUCAGCAUGACCACAGUUGGUUAUGGGGACACAUACCCUGUAACUCUACUGGGCAAACUGGUAGGCAGCAUCUGUAUUAUAUGUGGGAUUUUAGUAGUGGCUUUACCAAUAACUAUCAUUUUCAAUAAAUUUUCCAAAUACUAUAGAAGACAUAAAAUGGCUGAUCUUGACAAUUGUAAUGUAGAACUUAAAGAUGAUUGUUCUGAUUUACCCUAUGUUAAUAUUCGGGACAUGUAUGCCCAAAGGAUGCAUUCUUUCAUAGCCAGUAUCUCUCCAGUUGCUAGUUCCAGUGCCAGUGAGUACACCACCGAUGCCUCUAGCAUCCAAAACCUUGAAACAGUUUAUACAGCUACAACGGUUGAGAACGGUACAGCAAAGUAGACAGAUCUGCUGUUUCUUAUGUAUUUGCUAGUUACCCUGCUUUCCAAUGGAGUUUGCAUACUAUUUAUUUACUGCACCUUAAAAUUCUCAGGGUUAAACAUCUGGACACAAAAGAGCUAAUUAAAGGACUAUAGAUUAUUAAAGUGAAGGAAGCAUGUCAAUUCAGUUACUAAUGAGAACUUUAUGCAACAAUGAAUGUUUAUGUUUUUUCUGUUUCAAAAGUGAAUAACCAUGCAAUAAUAAAGUUAGUAAAAUGCAAAAAUAUGAUAAUGAUUGUAGGCGUGAAAGACUUUAUGGUAAUGAUUGAUAUGCUCGCUUUUUGAGGGAAAUGAAAAGAAAAAAUAAGAAUUGUACAGAUUGGAUAUAGUUUUCGUAACUGUAUGCAGAAUGA